AUGUUGAAGACAAGAAUUGUGAAUAACGUUCGAUCAAAAAGUUUUCUGCAUCGUCGUCGAGUGACACCGUUGAGUUCGAUUUCUUCAUCUCCGGGUCCGGCGACACUCGACGUUCUUGUCGAUCAUCAGAAUGCGUCGAUGUUUGUUCCUUCGCUCGACGCGUGUUCAGUGAAACUAUUUGUCAUUGAUUUUGUCGAUUUGGGUUUUACAUCGUGGAUAGUCGAGCCUCGUCGUUACGCAGCCAAUUUCUGCGAGGGACAAUGUCAAAGCCAAUUCGGAUUACAAUUAUCUUAUUCGUCGUGUUCACAAUAUGAUCGUCGACAAGUGUCAAUGUCGAUGAAAUUAGUCUCGUUUAUUUCUGUUUGUGUCUAG